GUAUUUUGAGUGCAGUCUGCCUACCGGUGCUAAUCAUGUCGUCCCUCGUCCACCGAUUUAUUGUGAGUGCUGUACUUGUGGCCCUAUUGUCCGCAUACUUGCCCAGCUUUUUCCCCUUCCGGUUAUCGUUCGUCCAGUGGAUCGUCGGAACCGUUCAGUCGCUGGUAUUCGGAGUCAUUUUGGCGGCGGUUUUGGCCAUCGGUUGGCCGCUAUUCAGACAAUCGCCGCCUAAGAGACCGGAACUUAAGGAUCAGUGGUUUGGUAGACAGGAGUGGAAAGAUGGCCAGCCCUUACCGGUCGAGUCCACAGAUGUAGUUCCCUAUGAAGUCAAUGUAGAGGACCAGGUGUUGGACGACUUACGAGAACGUCUGGAAAGGGAUCAAAUACCCGAACCCCUAUUUGACUCGAAAUUCAACUAUGGUUUCAACGGCCACUACUUGCGUAAAGUCAUUGACUACUGGCGCCGGGACUUUGAUUGGCGCCGACAGGAAAAACUGCUAAACUCUUUGCCACAAUUUAAAACCCAAAUCCAGGGGUUAGGUAUCCAUUUCCUGCAUGUGAAGCCCAACCUACCGGCCAAAAAGGUGGUCCCACUUCUGGUAAUCCAUGGAUGGCCGGGCUCUGUGUGGGAGUACUACAAGUCUAUACCACUACUGACUCAACCCAAUCAGGACAUUGCUUUCGAAGUGGUCUGUCCCUCCAUUCCCGGAUACGGGUUCUCUGAGGCACCGCACCGGCAAGGGUUUGGUCUGAAAGAGACGGCCCGAGUGUUUGUCAAACUGAUGAACCGUUUGGGACACAAGAAGUUUUUGGUACACGGAGGGGACUGGGGGUCUAUGAUAACCAAGACUAUUGCCCGGCUAUACCCUGAAAAUGUAAUCGGAAUCCACACAACCCUGGGCUCCAGUCCCAUAUCACUCCGGGGUAAACCACUACUCAAGUUCAUUGUGGGCACUGUAUUCCCGUCACUCGUAUUUGACAACCCGACUAAUGACGCCCCGAAAGUGUACCCAUUUUGGCCUAAAUUUGCGUUUCUUAUGAGGGAAUCGGGAUACAUGCACAUCCAGGCCACCAAACCCGACACAGUGGGUACAGCCCUACUUAACUCACCCGUAGGACUGGCAGCCUAUAUACUAGAAAAGUACUCGACGUGGACUAACCCGGAUUAUGUGGACAAACAAGAUGGCGGACUGACCGAGAAGUUCACUUUGGAUGAGUUGUUGACUCAAAUUAUGAUUUACUGGACCUCCCGUAACGUCACGGCAUCCCUGCGCUACUAUAAGGAGUCCCUCAAUACAGGGCUCAGACUGCCGAUUACAGUGCCGGCAGCGGUGGCCGACUUUCCCAACGAGUUGGUCCGCACGCCUGAGUCAUGGGUUCGGGACGAGUGUCUCGAUUUGGUUCAGUACACAGAGAUGUCGAGAGGCGGACACUUCGGAGCCUUCGAGGAACCGGAGCUCACGACUCAAGAUAUCCGCAAAUUUGCCAUAACUUUGCAAAAUAGACAUUAAAUGAGAGUUUUUGUAAUAUUUUUAAAAACGAUGUAGUUUUUCAAUAGAAUCAAUAAAAUUGAACAAUAUUAAUUAUACUAGAUAAUUUAGUGUGUUCAAAGCAUAGCAAUAGUAUCAUAAAAGUAUUUAAAUUUAAAUUUAAUGUAGGUUUAUA